GGGCAAAGGAAGCUUCUCUUUCUCUUUCUCUCCAAAAGUCUUCUCCUUUCGAUUCAAUCCCCUCCGCGAAAAUCUCAAUCUCCGUAUUCCGAAACACCCUAUCCCACCCGACCCGGAUCCGAUUCCCGUGACCCGAUUCGAUUCCUUUUUAGGGUUCAGAUGAUCCACAAUCAAGGUUUACGAUAAAGAUAAUGUCGCGAUUUCCGCGUGGGUUCGUGGAGGAUUCAUCGAUGGAGGAACCCGAGACGCAUCUUCGUCGUCCGAGUAUUUGUUUCCGGCCAAUAAACCCUUCUGAUUUGGAACGUCUUGAGCAGAUCCAUCGUGACUUGUUCCCAAUCAGGUAUGAGUCGGAGUUUUUUCAGAAUGUAGUGAAUGGGUGUGAUAUAGUGUCUUGGGCUGCUGUUGAUCGGAGCCGUCCUGAUGGUUACUCGGAGGAGCUUAUUGGUUUUGUUACUGCCAAGUUCGUGUCUGCCAAAGAAAGUGAAAUAUCAGAUCUAAUAAGAUAUGACUCGUCCAAGGGAGAGGAGACAUUGGUGUACAUCCUAACGCUUGGAGUUGUAGAAACCUACAGAAAACUUGGAGUAGCUAAGUCGCUUAUAAAGGAGGUCAUAAAAUACGCUUCUAGUAUCCCUGUUUGCCGUGGUGUUUACCUUCAUGUGAUUGCACACAACAACCCUGCAAUCAGAUUGUACAAAAGAAUGUCUUUCAGAUGUGUAAGGAGACUACACGGAUUCUACCUUAUCAACGGCCAGCAUUUCGAUUCUUACUUAUUCGUCUACUUUGUCAACGGUUCUCGCUCUCCUUGCUCACCCUUAGAUCUUGUGGUGUUGGCUGUGAAUUAUAUGAGGAGUGGGAUCAAAUUAGUGGCAUCAAAGCUGAGAAUGAAGCAGGAAGAGAAAGGCUUGAAAGGGGUUAAAUGCAAAGACAACAGGCGGUGUCUAUUGCCAACUCAGACCAAACGAAAUCUUGCAUCACCAGAAAGAGUAUCUUCAGGGUACGAUUACGUUUAGUGUUUGUAUCUGAUUCAUUUCCAUGUCUUCUUCAUUAAGCUCUGAUUAUAUGAUUCUAAUAAUGUAAUAAAAAUGUAAAUAUUGUGAGAUAGUCAAUACAAAACUUCUCUUUUGGAGAAGGGGAGGUGAUACGAUCAUAUUUAAGGCUUAUUGGUGCUACGAUUAGUCAUUUUAUAUCAGUCUCGUUAAGUUCAAUCACUGAGCUUAACGGGAAAGUUUCAUUCCAUUUAACAGUUGUGACUUAUGAACAUUUAUUUUGCGAUAUAAAAAUAACAUAGGUUCGCAAAAUAAAUUGAAUUCAGGAUUUUGU